GUACGACCCAGUCUCCGUCUAUUUUUCAAGGGUUCCCCCCACCCGCACCCCACGCGCUCCCCGCGACCGCUCCGGCACGCACGCACGCGCGCGCGCGCCCGUCCGGCACGCACCCUCCAGUCCGCUUGCUCGUCCGUGUCCACGCGCUCUCCGGAUGCUGUAGGGAGGCUCGUUAUUUGGAGGAGCUCUUCUGAACGUGCACGCACACACACUCGCGCACACACGCACGCGGCGGGCUCGUUCGUUGAAGUGUUCUGAGAAACGGAGUAAGAAGAAGCGGUUGUGUGAGAAAAGGACUAAAAUAAAAAAAAAAAAAUAACUGAGAAUUACAUAUCUGAAGCGUUUCGUGUGGAGUACAAUAAGCAGGAAUCAUGACAACGGCAACGUCCCCUAUCCUCCUGAAGUGGGACCCCAAGAGCCUGGAGAUCCGAACGCUCACCGUGGAGCGACUGCUCGAGCCAUUGGUCACGCAAGUGACCACACUGGUGAACACCAGCAGCAAGGGGCCGUCCAACAAAAAGAAAGGCCGGUCCAAGAGGGCACACGUGCUGGCCGCUUCGGUGGAGCAGGCCACGCACAACUUCCUGGAGAAGGGCGAGCAGAUCACCAGGGAGAGCCAGGACCUCAAGGACGAGUUGAUUGCCGCCGUGGAGGACGUCCGCAAGCAAGGUGAGACGAUGCACGCGGCCUCCUCCGAGUUUGCGGACGACCCCUGCUCCUCGGUGAAGAGGGGGACCAUGGUGCGGGCGGCUCGCGCCCUCUUGUCCGCCGUCACGCGUCUCCUCAUCCUUGCCGACAUGGCCGACGUCAUGAGGCUGCUGGCCCACCUAAAAAUCGUGGAGGAGGCUCUGGAGGCUGUGAAGAAUGCGGCCAACGAGCAGGACUUGGCCAAUCGCUUCAAGGAGUUUGGGAAGGAGAUGGUGAAGCUGAACUACGUGGCGGCGCGCCGGCAGCAGGAGCUGAAGGACCCCCAGUGCCGGGACGAGAUGGCAGCGGCGCGGGGCGCUCUCAAGAAGAAUGCCACCAUGCUGUACACCGCCUCGCAGGCCUUCCUGAGGCACCCGGAUGUGGCGGCCACGCGGGCCAACCGCGAUUACGUCUUCAAGCAGGUGCAGGAGGCCAUCGGCAGCAUCUCCAGCGCAGCCCAAGCGUCGUCGCCCGCGGACGAGAAACACGGCCACGCUGGCAUCGGCGAGCUCGCCGCCGCCCUCAAUGAGUUUGACAACAAGAUCAUCCUGGACCCUCUGACCUUCAGCGAGGCUCGCUUUCGGCCAUCCCUGGAGGAGCGCCUCGAGAGCAUCAUCAGCGGAGCGGCUCUGAUGGCCGACUCGUCCUGCACACGUGACGACCGGCGGGAGCGCAUAGUGGCCGAAUGCAACGCCGUGCGCCAGGCCCUGCAGGACCUCCUCAGCGAGUACAUGAACAACACGGGCCGUAAAGAGAAAGGCGAUCUUCUAAACAGUGCCAUUGAGAAGAUGACCAAGAAGACCAGGGACUUGCGUAGACAGCUGCGGAAAGCAGUCAUGGACCACAUCUCUGAUUCCUUCCUUGAGACAAACGUGCCUCUCCUGGUUCUCAUUGAGGCAGCCAAAAGCGGCAACGAGAAGGAGGUGAAGGAAUAUGCCCAGGUGUUUCGUGAACACGCUAACAAACUGGUGGAGGUGGCGAACCUGGCCUGUUCCAUCUCCAACAAUGAAGAAGGUGUGAAACUUGUCCGCAUGGCUGCCACUCAGAUUGACAGCUUGUGCCCACAGGUCAUCAAUGCUGCUCUGACCCUGGCUGCACGCCCUCAGAGCAAAGUUGCACAGGAUAACAUGGACGUCUUCAAAGACCAGUGGGAGAAGCAGGUGCGAGUACUCACGGAGGCCGUGGAUGACAUCACCUCCGUGGAUGACUUCCUGUCCGUGUCAGAAAACCAUAUCCUAGAAGAUGUGAACAAGUGCGUCAUUGCCCUGCAGGAGGGAGACGUAGACACCCUUGACCGGACCGCUGGGGCCAUCCGUGGCCGAGCUGCACGUGUCGUGCACAUCAUCAAUGCCGAGAUGGAGAACUACGAGCCGGGAGUCUACACGGAACGCGUGUUGGAGUCCAUAAAACUGCUGUCCGAGACAGUUAUGCCCCGCUUUGCCGAACAAGUCGAGGUUGCCAUUGAAGCACUGAGCACCAGCCCCCCACAGCCCUUUGAAGAGAACGAAUUCAUCGACGCCUCCCGUCUGGUGUACGACGGGGUCCGCGACAUCCGGAAAGCUGUCCUCAUGAUAAGGACGCCCGAGGAGCUGGAGGAUGACUCUGACUUUGAACAAGAGGACUAUGAUGCCCGUAGCCGGACAAGUGUCCAAACUGAGGACGAUCAACUUAUUGCUGGACAGAGUGCCAGGGCAAUCAUGGCACAGCUACCCCAGGAGGAGAAGGCCAAGAUUGCAGAGCAAGUGGAGAGCUUCCGCCAGGAGAAAUGUAAACUGGAUGCUGAGGUGGCCAAGUGGGAUGACAAUGGCAAUGAUAUCAUCGUGCUGGCAAAGCAGAUGUGCAUGAUCAUGAUGGAGAUGACAGACUUUACCAGAGGCAAAGGGCCACUGAAGAAUUCAUCAGAUGUAAUUAACGCUGCCAAGAAGAUUGCUGAAGCUGGAUCCAGGAUGGAUAAAUUAGCCCGUGCUGUUGCAGACCAGUGUCCCGAUUCAGCCUGCAAACAGGACCUCCUGGCCUACCUGCAGAGAAUUGCUCUCUACUGCCAUCAGCUGAACAUCUGCAGCAAGGUCAAAGCGGAGGUGCAGAACCUGGGAGGAGAGCUGAUUGUGUCUGGGCUGGACAGUGCCACAUCGCUCAUUCAGGCCGCGAAGAACCUGAUGAACGCCGUGGUCCUCACUGUUAAGGCCUCAUACUUAGCGUCCACCAAGUACCAGAAAGUGUAUGGAACAGCAGCGGUCAACUCACCCGUGGUCUCCUGGCGCAUGAAGGUUCCUGAGAAAAAGCCUCUGGUGAAGAGGGAGAAACCUGAAGAGUGCCAGACACGGGUUCGACGGGGUUCCCAGAAGAAACACAUCUCCCCUGUCCAGGCACUCAGUGAGUUCAAGGCCAUGGACUCAUUUUAACCAGCACUAACAAAGAAGAUUAGAAACAAAAAAAUAGCAUAGGACCUAUUUCUCAUUUUUAAAAUAUUUUUGGUUUCUUUUAUUAACAGAAUUUCAGAAUUAACAGAAUAAAUUGUGCAAAAUUAGUCCAUUUACAGAACUGGUUUUUUAUGAAGUACAUUUCCAUAAAUGUUCUGCCAGGCUGCAAAGAAAAAGAAAAAAAAAACCUGCCAGAAAGGCCUAAUACUAUGAAUAUCAUCUUAACAUUACACGUUGCAAAAUUAGUGAAAAUGCUUCAUUUUUCCCCCCCAUUUGAAAUUUCCUAGAUACGGCUAGUACAAAAUAUCAAAUGUCAAUAACGAUUGUUAUUACUGACCAAAUAUGAGUGCCAAAUUCUGACUCAAGCCAGUGUGCUGCUCUAUACCAAUACAGAUGUACUCAAUAAAUAGAAAGCGUAAUUAAAAAGACUGUUCUCCUUAAUGUGCCGACACUUUUGGUCUCACUGUCACUAGUAGUCAUAUAAACACCUCUGCUAACAUUUCAAAUUGUUAUCUGUGUAUGUAUGUAGUGUAUUUAUUUAAUUCUAAAAUAUUUAGUUCUUGACGGCCAUCAGAAUGGAGUGAAGUGAUUGUGAGGUACUGCAGCUUUGAAUAUGGGAAAGUUGUGCACAUACAGUAUAUGCACAUUUAUGUAAUGCCCGCAACGGCUGGAUUAUUGUGCUUUUCUUUCCAUGCAGUCUGCACUGAAGGUUAACCUUUCUUGUUUUUGUUGAGUGAAACUGAGUUUCACACCCUCUUUGAAUGAAU